UUACGCAGGCUUCUAGAAGGCAUUCCAGCGUCAGCAGCGCGUGCCCUCUAUAAGCUGGGUGUUCCUGCUAACCACGCUUCUGCUGUGCGUGAUGUCUAUGGCGGACCUUAUGCAGCAAAGCAGCCGCCUGGUGGCUGUGAUGGGCGUGCAGGCCAUCCGCGCUUUCCUGCCGGCCUUCGUAGUGCUCACCACAGAGGGCAUCAACAACUACAUCUUCCGCCGGUGCCACGUCGAGAUCACGGUCUUCUCUAUCGGAACAUUCAGCAUCCUCAACGUGUCCGAGGUGGAGUGGUACACGACGAAGGACGCCAUGGCCUGCCUGCAGGAAGUGAUGGACGUGGCGGCACGCAUGAGUUCCAAGUCUGCACUUUCUGGUCGCCGACAAGACCUGGGUCAUGCGCAUCACGCACGUCCGGCACCCGCUCGAGAUCAUGCCUCGAUAUAAGGACAUAUCUCACCGUCGAGUGAACGACGAGGAGUGAUAGCGACAGCAGGCAAGCGCUACCGUUUGCCCACGGAGAUGGACUGGCUCCAGUUCGCCUAGGGGGCGGACAAGUAUGAAGAAUACAUGAAACAAAUAUUCGAAGACAACCAAGAGUACAUCCAGAAGGACUUCUGACUUGGUCAUUGCUCGGUCUUGUACCUGCGCGUUUUUGUACAGAUUGUGUGUAAAUAAUGAUUCAAGAAAACUUUUGCGCGGUAAUUUG